AUGACUCGACCCAAGGUCCUCAAGCUAGCACCCGUAAGACAAGCCCACAAUGAUUGGUCCUCUGUAGAAGAGAUAGCCGACAUUGUCGAGCCAUCAUCGGCCGUGACGGACAAGGCCUCGCUGAUCAAGGAGGCCUCGACGGGCGCCUACGACGGCGUGGUGGCCGUGUUCCGCGACUUCGAGUCCAUCGGCCCCGUCGAUGCCGCCCUCCUCGACGCCCUGCCCCCGACGUGCAGGUUCAUAUGCCACAACGGUGCGGGCUACGAUCAGAUCGACGUCGAUGAGUGUACGGCCCGCCGCAUCUGCGUGUCCAACACGCCCACGGCCGUCAACGACGCCACCGCCGACAUCGGAAUGUUCCUCCUCCUCGGCGCCCUGCGCAACCUAGGCCCGUCCAUGGCCGCCCUGCGCCGCGGCGAGUGGAGGGGUCCCCCCCCCGUCGCCCUCGGAAGGGACCCCCAGGGAAAGACGCUCGGCAUCCUCGGCAUGGGCGGCAUCGGCCGCAACAUGGCUAACAAGGCCCGCGCCUUUGGUAUGCACAUCAUCUACCAUAACCGCAGCAAGCUCAGCCCCGAGAAUGAGGAGGGCGCCCACUAUGUCGACAUGGAUACUCUUCUUGCAGAGAGUGACGUCCUCAGUCUAAAUCUUCCUCUAAACGUAUGUUUCUCCUCCUCGGCCUUUCCCUUGUUUCCUCUUCCCCCCCCCCCCCCAGAUUCAUACGGAAACACUUUCUUGUACCGUUCCAUCAUCUCGUCUGACCCGACCCGACCCAAGUCCUCAACCCGCCACUCCAUCUCCCGAGCCGAAUUCGCCCGCAUGAAGCGCGGCAUCGUCAUCGUCAACACCGCCCGCGGCGCAGUCAUGGACGAGGCCGCCCUCGUCGACGCCCUGGCCGACGGCACCGUCGCCUCCGCCGGCCUCGACGUCUUUGAGGAGGAACCAAAGGUUCACCCCAGUCUUAUCCACGACGAGCGCGUCUUCCUUGUCCCCCACAUGGGCACCUGCACCUACGAUACAGAGAAGAAGAUGGAGAGCUGGGCCAUCGGCAACGUCCGCAAGGCCGUCGCAGAGGCCAAGCUCAAGAGCAUUGUGCCUGAGCAGAGGAAUCUUGAAAAGGAGCUGUGA